CGGACACUAUAGUUUGUCCAAGAGGGGUUGCCGUAGCUAGCUGUCAAAGAUGGCGACCGUUCUGCACAUGCGCGACUCACAUCUUGUAGGCAACAGGCAAGUUGGGAUCAAAUAUACAUCCAUGAUAGCCUACAUCCAUUGAUCAAAUCGAACACAAAUCUAACCGGUAUGAAUUGUGCGGCGGUCGCCCGUGAUCACUUCUACGUAGACUUUGCUCAUCUUGAACGAGCCUAACGUGACUGUUAACGGGUAACGUUACAACUGGUAUGGACUCCUGUUCCGGUAAUGUGUCAAAUAUGAUUUUAGGGUCUUUGUACGCGUUAUUAGCGGGCUUUUUGGGUGCUGUUGCCUCAUUGUCUGCCAAACUGUCACUCGGUGCAGACUACCUGAGAGAGAAGUGUGAUUCCGGGCUCAGCGGCUGGACUGAACCAUGGACUGAACCUGGAACCGCCUGUGACUGGCUCCACAUCCCCCUGCGGCUGCUGUGUGGAAGCCUUCUGUUCACCUGUAAUGCUGUCAUGUGGACCUUCUUUUCCAAGGCGCUCCGACACUGCUCCUCUUCAGCCAGGGCUACAGUCACUACCACUGCAUCCAACUUCAUCUCCUCAGCUGUCCUGGGGACGGUGAUGUUUGGAGAGAGUCAUGCUGUUCUAUGGUGGGUGGGAAUCUCUCUCACUCUGUCUGGACUGCUGGUGCUUCAUGGAUCCACACCUCAGACACUCCAACAGGAGGAGGGCAAAAAGGACAAGUGAUGUAGAUUUGACUCAUCACAAGCAUGCAGCCACUGCGCUUCAGCCACAAUAACCUGUGGCUAGACUCCCUCAGAGACAAUGUCUCAGGCACUUAAAAGUGUCUUAAUGUAAAGUGCAGUUAAAACAGCAGACUAUGUUGCACAUAACUGAUGGUAUAUUCAGUACCACCAGUCAUAGUUACCAAUUCAUAGUCUAAUGUGCGUUUAUUGUUUUUUGAGGAAAUUAAAUGUACUUGGUGUGGUACACAUGAUAUUGAGCAACACAAUGCUUGUCUCAUGCCACUCCCCCUUUCAUAACAAAUGAACUGUUUGACGUAGACUCUUGUAGGAGACAUCAUUGCACUCAUAAAGAGUUCCUUUCAUCAGUGGUUCGCCGUGCACCAUAUAAUAUGGCCACGCCCCCUUUCAUAACUCAUGAACCAUUUAUCAUAGACACUUUUGGACACAGGAUGUGGUACAACAUUUGCAAUGCAUAAUUUCCAAUGCCACACAGUCCAUGCAGGAAAUAGUAAAGAUUAUUAUAAUGGGGUCAGCUUAAAGCAAUUCAUUUAAAAGUAAUGUCACAUUAUUAACAUGUUCUCAACAAAAUGUUGAUACUAAUAGUACACCAAGUAGUGACAUUGUGACAGUGAAAUUGAUAUGGUGUUGAUAAUACAAAAACUACUGCAACUUAAAAUUUCUAAGUACAUUGUACCUGUGGGAAAUUGCCAGCAGCCUGUCUGAUACACUUGGAGUUGAUGUCACUUUUGUACUUCACUAGACACAUUUUCAGGAAACCUGUAUGGGAGAUGGACAUUAGCUAUUUUUAUAUAGAGUUUGGUUCAUUGGUUUGAAGAUGCUAACAAAUAUUCCAUCUCCAUAGUGCGAAUUUUCCGUACAACUGGUUUAACUAGAAUUACCUCCUCUGGGUUGUAUGCCUUCGCCAAUCUGUCAAGUGGAAGUUUACAGUACAUCCAUGUCUGUACAGACUUAUAUAAUAUAUGUAGUGGCGAGAAAGACGAGAGACCAAAUUAAAGCCAUCUUGAAUUACCCUUCUCACCCUCUCUACAACGAGCUGUGAUAGAUUGGCAGCUCAUUGGAGAGAGGAUGAAGAACAAGAUCAAAGCCUGGGAGUUGUUCCUCAUCUAAGUCGAGGGUCUUAUGACAAAGGAUGUUGUUUGCUGUACUGUGUGGCAGAUUGUGUUUUGAUUUUACAAUAUAGGGAUAUAUAAAUAAAAUUUAUUUUACGUUA